CUGGUAGAUGCGCUUCCACAGAUGCAUGGCUGCCAGAGAACGGACCGGCAAUCUACAAAGAACGACGGGAAGCAAUGCGAUGGCUUCACAACACAGGAAUCUGAUGAGAAACCUCUCUGCAAGAUGCAGCAAACGCUGAAUGUGUGCGGAUUGCUCCAGAGACUAUGUCUCUUUCUCUGGCUUCAACUUAUAUACUCAUUCCGUGCCGUCCGCUCAGCAUGUAGGACACCUUUCCAACCAAAAUGAAUCCCAACGAGCGAUCUAGCAUCACCAACCCUGGCCCUGAAUCUGGCCCUACACCUAUCCCGGAAGACCUCUCUGCAGUGUUAACGCGGGUCAACAACUACAACAAUCAAAUGUGGAACGUGCAGAUACCUGCCCAGCAAAAGUAUCAUGCGGCGUUUCUUCUUCUCCGUGAGGCUCAGACCAUACAGCAACCGGACAGACCCCCGCUGCUGUCGUCUUGCAUUGUGGCGGCCAAGCAGGCGCUCGAAGCGCUCAGAGAGCGACGGCAGCGGGAGCAGCAGGUGAACCAACAGCAGCAGCAGCAUCUGCGGGAGGAUCAGGGACAGCAGCAGGGGCAGCAGCAGCAGCAGCAAGCCGGACUGAUACCCGAGGUGGCUUUGCGAUCGCCGCAACCACAUACAGACCACAUACCGCAUGGACUGCCGCUUCCGCCAGGUCUGGCUCCCUCUACUGGGAAGUUGUGUCGAGAUGCUGCUGUGGAAGGUUUUGCUGUGGAACCACAGCAGCAUGGUUCGGUGGAUAGUAGUGACAGCUCUGACAACUUGCAGCAACACUCUUACGACCCAGCAGUACGGGGUUAGGCAUGCGUGGGCAAACAGGAAGGAUGAAUAAGGGGAGGGUUAAUGGAAUGGCGAGCAUAUGCGUGUUUACCUACAGCGGCUGUAAUGAUGAGU